AUGCCAAUAAAGUAUAUGACAAAAACUAAAAUAACUCAAAACAGUAAAGAAAAUAUAAACUUAAAUACAACUUUAAAAGAUGAUUCAGUAAAAAUCACUGGAACUCUUACCUCGCAAAUCCAACUCCGGGGCGAAGGAACCAAAGAACCUUAUUACUAUACCUUUGUCAAACUCAAAGGUCAAAAUGUUGAUUUACCCGUAAUAUUCAAAUUAACCGAUAAAAUGGGAUUUUCAACUAAGCCUUAUCUGGAAAAAGGCAUGGAAUUAGAACUAUUUGGACACUAUUCUAAUUCUGAUAAAUCGAUUAGAAAAUCCUUUACGGCCACCAAUUACCGACUCUGCAAUGAGAAAAAAGUUCGUAAAAAAUGUUUCGGUUGUCUAGACCCUUUCACCUGUUCCCAGUCCGAAAAUUACGACUAUUGCUCGGAGUGCGAGAUAAAUGAUAGCCGUUAUAUUCCUCGCGAAAGCCAAUGCCCCGAAUGUGGUGAUGGCUCCGGAAUAAUCAAAUUCCCCAACCAAGCACCCAGGAAUUGUAAAACUUGCUACUUAGCCAACCAAGUAAAAAAGGAGGAGAAUAUUUUUGCUAAAUAA